GGAUUCCAGGUGAGUUCAAAACGAAGGUAAAUCCGGAAGUGACGUCAUCCCUGGCGAACUGAAUAGAUCCAGCGCCUCGAUAAACCUGCGUGGGAAAAAAUAAACGUCGAUGAAGAACGUGUUUAAAACAUUUCACUAAAGUUUCGAAGAGACUUGACGAGUCAGUAUGGCCUGCACCGGCCUGGCGCACUGCAAGGUGGCGCUGGCAUUUGCGGUCAUUUUUGACCUGGUGGGAGUGCUGGUGCUGCUGGCGGGAGUAUUCGUUCCUCUGGAGGUGAAAGGCAGAGACUUCGGUGAUUUGUUGGUGUACACAGGAGUUCUCCUGGUGCUGAUGUCCCUAGGCGGCUGGGUGAUGUGGUACAGCGGCAACAUCGAAGGCCUGGCUGUGAGCAAGGAGAUGGGCCACAUCGGCAAUGCAGUGGACCGCAUCGCGCGCACCCUCAGCCGGAAAAUGCGCACACAUCGUGCCCAUCAGGGGCCGUGAAGCAGAGCGGCAGAAAUUCUCUGCACGUAAUUUAGCUACAUAGUGCUAUUAUACAUUUGUAAGCCUUUAUCUUUAGCAGAAACAGUGUUGCUCAUGGCUGUUUGUUUCUUUCACUCCAACAUUUCAUCACUUGCAGGUUCCAUGAGGAGUCUGAAAGCUGUGAUUAUGCAACUUAGCACAACCAAGUGGUUCAAGAACUGUACAUCAUUCAUCUGUUACAUGAACAUGAGAAUAUUCAGGUGUACCUGUAUUUAACAGCAGUAUUGACAGAAGCAUUAUGUUGCGUUACUUUUAAUUCUGUUCCAUUUGUGUUAUUAGACUAGUGUCAUUUUUUCCCCUCGGUUUGCAUUUCAGUUUCUUCUUGUGGCUGUUUACAUUGCUAGUUCUUGUCUUUAACUUUUCAUUUUGUAAUAAUAUAAAGUUUGAAAGUCUUUCUAGACCUAUCAUAGAGUUCUACUUCAGUGCCUGAGAGGAGAUUUUAGAAACAACUCCUUUAUUUCUUUCAGGACACUGCUCAAACCUGGCUGAAAAAAAAAGAAGAAAUCUAUGUAUAUAAGUACAAUAUUGAAAUUAAGGAUAAUAAAGUGUAUAAAUCGUUUGCUUA